CCCAUUGGUUGCUGCGGCGGCGGCGGUUUGUAGUGAGGGUAGCACGUUGAGCUGGAGGCUGUUCGGAUUGCGGCGGCCCAAAGCCUGGCAACGAGCCCGGUGUCUGGUGGGAAUCCGGGGUUGAGCCAGGCCUGAGUCCCCGGGGGAUGGAUCGCGUGUGGAGUGCGUGGUGCGGGAAGUGCGUCAAAGAGAAAGGGUCGCCGCCACUCUGGGCCCAGCGCAUCGUGGUCGCCUGGCUCAGUAGGGCCGAGUGGGAUCAGGUGACGGUGUAUCUGUUCUCUGACGACCAUAAAUUGCAGCGGUAUGCGCUGAACCGCAUCACCGUGUGGAGGAGCAGGUUAGGCAACGAACUCCCCCUGGCAGUGGCUUCUACUGCUGACCUGGUACGCUGUAAGCUCAUGGAUGUAACUGGUGGCUUGGGCACUGAUGAACUUAGACUGCUCUAUGGCAUGGCAUUGGUCAGGUUUGUGAACCUUAUCUCGGAGAGGAAGACAAAGUUUGCCAAGCUCCCUCUCAAGUUCCUGGCUCAGGAGGUGAACAUUCCGGAUUGGAUUGUUGAACUUCGCCAUGAGUUGACCCACAAGAAAAUGCCCCAUAUAAAUGACUGCCGCAGGGGCUGUUACUUUGUCCUGGAUUGGCUCCAGAAGACCUACUGGUGCCGUCAACUGGAGAACAGCCUAAGAGAGACCUGGGAGUUGGAGGAGGACAGGGAAGAGACAGAUGAAGAAGACCAAGAGGAAGAUAAGAACAUUGUCGUUGAUGACAUCACAGAACAGAAACCAGAGCCUAAGGAUGAGGAGAAAGGUGCAGAGCCUAAGGAUGAGGAGCAAGGUGCAGAGCCUAAGGAUGAGGAGAAAGGUGCAGAGCUGGGUGUCAAGGCUGAUGGAGACAGCGAAGGAAACAAAGAGGUUGAUCCACAUUGGCAAAAGGCUGUGAGACAUAAAGAGUUGUAUGAAAGAGCCCGAGAACUGCUGGUAUCCUAUGAAGAGGAGCAGUUUAAGGUGCUGGAGAAAUUUAGGUAUUUACCUCAGGCCAUUAAGGCGUGGAAUAACCUGUCCCCACCUGUAGAAUGCAUCCUGGCAGAGCUCAAGGGCAUUACAUGGGAGAACAGGGAGGCUCUGCUAGAUGCUUUUCUGGAUGACGGCUUUCUCAUCCCCACAUUUGAACAGUUGGCAGCUUUGCAGUUAGACUAUGAAGAUGGGCAGACUGAGGUCCAGAGAGGGGAAGGUACUGACCCAAAGUCACACAAAAACGUGGACUUGAAUGACGUCCUGGUGCCAAAGCCGUUCUCUCAAUUCUGGCAGCCCCUGCUCAGGGGCCUGCACUCCCAGACCUUCACGCAGGCCCUGCUGGAAAGGAUGCUCUCUGAGCUGCCAGCCUUGGGGGACACCGGGAUCCGGCCCACCUACAUCCUCAGAUGGACCAUUGAACUGAUCGUGGCUAACACCAAAACUGGACGGAACGCCCGCCGGUUUUCUGCAAGCCAGUGGGAAGCGAGGAAGAACUGGAGGCUAUUCAACUGCUCUGCCUCCCUUGACUGGCCCCAGGUGGUUGAGUCCUGCUUGGGCUCACCUUGCUGGGCCAGCCCCCAACUCCUUCAGCUCAUCUUCAAAGCCAUGGGGCAGGUCCUGCCAGACGAGGAGCAGGAGAAGCUGCUGCGCAUCUGUUCCAUUUAUACCCAGAGUGGAGAAAACAACCUGGCGCAGGAGGGCUCAGAGGCUUCCCCCAUUGGGAAGUCUCCAUACACACUGGACAGCCUCUACUGGAGCCUCAAACCAGCUGGCUCGAGCUCUGGACCUGAAGGAGAAGCCCAGCGACAGGAGGAACAGGGCAGCCUUAAUGAUGUCAAGGAAGAUGAGAAGGAGAAUCAAGAGGCCUUGGAAGACCAGGUGGAAGAGGAUGAUGAAGAGGAGGAGGAAGAGGAAAAUGACCAGAAGUGGGAGGAGGAGGAGGAAGGUGAUGAUGAUGACGACGACGACGAUGACGACGAUGAUGCUGACGACUACGAAGAUUAUGAGGAGGAAGACAGGAUGGAAGUGGGGCCUUUCUCUAUGGAAGAAGAGUCCCCCACUGCUGAGAAUGCCAGGCUCCUGGCCCAGAAAAGAGGAGCUUUGGAGGGCUCUGCAUGGCAAGUUAGCUCAGAAGAUGUACGAUGGGACACUUUCCCCUUAGGCCGAAUGCCAGGUCAGACCGAGGACCCAUCAGAGCUUAUGCUGGAGAAUUAUGACACCAUGUAUCUUUUGGACCAGCCUGUACUAGACCAGCGGCUGGAACCCCCAGCAUGCAAGACUGGCACCCUGGGCCUGAGCUGCAGCAUUGGCAGUGGCAACUGCAGCAGCAGCAGCAAUGACAGUGGCAACUUGGACGGCCUUCUCUGGAGCCAGGGCCAACUGCACGGGCUCAAAAGUGGCCUACAGCUCUUCUGAUGCCAGCCCUGGUGCAGGUGUUCAUCCAGUGCUACUGGGGCAACAGCCCACUCCCCCCCACUCCCCCAGUGCACCUAGUGCUCCAUAAAACAAGCUGGGAGACAGCCUGCAUCAGCCAUAUCAGCUCAGCUUUCCAUCACAUAGGAUUUUGAAUAUGCUUUGUUUUGUUUUGCUUUGUUUCAUUUUGUUUUUUGUUUUGAAAAACAAUAAACAGGCAACUGUUUUGGUGUUUGUGA